AUGUCGGCACAGACCCUCACCUGCGGGGUGCGCCCCGCCCCCCCGUGCAACGGUCGCAGGCAGGCACCGCGUGCCUCGCCCCGCGCCUUCCGCUGCCAUGCCGCUGCAGCUCCCGCGGUGGGUACGAGCCUGCGUGAUCGGCAGGCUAGGGCUUUUGCCCCAUGGUGUGCUCAGGGGAGCAGGCGCACCCCGAUCCGUCGCCCUCCUACCUACAGCCGACCGUCGACCCUGGCGCAGGUAUCCCCUGCCCCUUCCUCCUCCAAGGCCACGGAGCAGGUCCGCGUGGCCGUGCUGGGCGCCAGUGGGUACACCGGGGAGGAGGUGGUCCGGCUGCUGUCCCAGCACCCCCACUUCACCAUCACCGCCAUGACGGGGAACCGUGAGGCCGGCAAGGAGUUCAGCGAGGUGUUCCCCCAUCUGCGCACCGCGCCCGCCGUCCCGCGCCUGACCAAGAUCGAGGACGUGGCGUGGGAGGGCGUGGACGCGGCCUUCUGCUGCCUGCCCCACGGCACAACACAGGAGGUGGUGGCGGGCCUGCCUCGCCACGUCAAGGUGGUGGACCUGUCGGCCGACUUCCGCCUGCGCGAUCCUGCCCUCUACGCCGAGUGGUACGGCGGCGAGCACCGCGCGGUGGCGCUGCAGGGCGAGGUGGCCUAUGGCCUGACCGAGCUGCACCGGGAGGCGGUGCGCAGCGCGCGCGUCGUGGCCAACCCAGGCUGCUACCCGACCUCCGUGCAGCUGCCGCUGGUGCCGCUGCUGGCCGCGGGGCUCAUCCUGCCCCGGGACAUCAUCAUCGACGCCAAGUCGGGCGUGAGCGGCGCGGGGCGCAGCGCCAAGGUUAACCUGCUCUACACCGAGGCCACGGAGGGCAUGAACGCCUAUGGCGUCGGCAAGCACCGCCACAUGCCCGAGAUCGAGCAGGGGCUGACUGACGCGGCGGGGGAGCAGGUCACGGUAUCCUUCACCCCCCACCUCAUCCCCAUGACACGCGGCAUGGAGAGCGACUGCUAUGUGCGCCUCGCCGACGGCGUGUCGGUGGAGGACCUCCGCGCCGCCCUGGAGACCAAGUACGCCAACGAGCCGUUCGUGCAUGUGCUGCCGGCGGGCAUCGUGCCACAGACGCAUCACGUGCGGGGGACCAACUACAACCACAUCCAGGUGUUCAAGGACAGGCAGAGCGGCCGCGCCAUCGUCAUCUCGGUGAUCGACAACCUGGUCAAGGGCGCGUCGGGCCAGGCCAUCCAGAACCUGAACAUCAUGUGUGGGAUGCCCGAGACGACGGGGCUGCUGCAGCAGGCACUCUUCCCUUGA